AUGUCUGUCACAUUGCACACGACCCAAGGCGACCUCAAGGUCGAGCUUUUUUGCGAAGCAGUUCCUCAAACCGCAGAGAACUUCCUCGCCCUUUGCGCAACCGGCGCAUACAAUGAUACACCAUUUCACCGUCUUAUUCCCGGGUUCAUGAUUCAAGGCGGUGACAUUUCUCUCGGUCCAAUUGCGAAGUCGACAUCUACGAAACCACUACUCGACUUUGACAUCCCCAAAGGCGGCACAUCGAUCUACCACCCAUCAGCGAUGAACCAGGAAAUCCAUUUGCCGUCACUACGUCACAACGCACGGGGGAUUCUGUCCAUGGCUUCGCGUCCAGUGAAAGACCAGACAGCUCCUGGAUCGCAAGGCGCAACAGGCCCAACGAUUAACGGCAGUCAAUUUUUCAUCUCGUUUGUUCCAGCGCCACAUCUGGAUGGUGCCAGUACUGUGUUUGGAAAGGUGUUGAAUUUGACUGCCCAGGACGAGGGCGGUGACAUCCUGACCAAGCUUGAGAAGGCGAAUGUCAAGGUUGACAAGAAGGGCAAGGUCUCUCAGCCGAAGGAGGGCGAAGAUUUCGAAUCAUUCAAGAUCAACAGUGUCACUAUCCACGCCAACCCCUUCGCGAAGUGA